AUGAAGAAGAUGAUGAUGAUAGAUUCGGGAAAGUUGGUGAAGAAGAUGGUGAGGAAAGUUUCCAAAAAACAUGAUAAACAGAGCAAAGCCAUGGAAAAGCAUUUUUUGCUUACCGAUGAUCAAUUGACCUCGGAUAAUUCGAGGCAUAAAAGCAAGAAUGGGAAGAUCUCGACUCAUGUCCCGAGAGGAUUCGUGGCUGUUUAUGUGGGGCCCGACAGCCGGAGAUUCCUCAUUCCCACAAAGAUUCUUUCUGUUCCUGAGUUUAAGGAGCUUAUGGAUAAAUCGGCCGAAGAAUAUGGUUAG